UAGAGCCGCUUCGCUGAGCCGCUGCCUCCGGCCACCAUGCUGCGGCGCCUGCUCGACCGGCCCUGCACGCUGGCCCUGCUCAUCGGCUUUCAGUUCGCUUUCAUGGCCUACUUCUCGCUGGGUGGCUUCCGCAACCUCACCUCCAUCUUCGGGCGUGAAACCAGCCCCGUCUUCGACUACUCCCGUACCCACGACAUCUACACCAACCUGAGCCGUCUCCUGCCACGGGAGCCUCUCCGCAGUGACCCCCGGCAGCCCCUGCCCUACUGCCCUGAGCGCUCGCCCUACCUCAUCGGUCCAUUGACGGUGAGCUUCAGCCAGGUGCCCACGCUAGAGCAGAUCCAGGUGAAGAACCCGGCUGUGAGAGAGGGGGGCCGCUACCAGCCCUCCACCUGCGAGUCCCGAUCCCGCACGGCCAUCAUCAUCCCGCACCGCAACCGUGAGACCCACCUGGGCCACCUGCUCUACUAUCUGCACCCCUUCCUGCAGCGCCAGCAGCUCCAGUAUGGCAUCUACGUGGUGCACCAGGCGGGAAACUCCACCUUCAACCGAGCCAAGCUGCUGAACGUGGGGGUGAAGGAGGCACUCAAGGAUGAGGAGUGGGACUGUCUCUUUCUCCAUGACGUGGACCUCAUCCCUGAGAAUGACCACAAUCUCUACACGUGUGACCCCUGGAACCCUAAGCAUGUCUCCAUCGCCAUGAAUAAAUUCGGCUACAGCCUGCCGUACCCACAGUACUUCGGGGGGGUCUCAGCUCUCACCCCUGACCAGUACAUGAAGAUCAAUGGUUUCCCCAAUGAGUACUGGGGCUGGGGCGGUGAGGACGAUGACAUUGCCACCAGGGUGCGCCUGGCUGGCAUGAAGAUCGCCCGCCCACCUGUCUCCAUUGGCCACUACAGGGGGGGGGGGGCAGGCAGUGAUGCUCCCCCUUCUUCCAGGUUUGACCUGCUGAUCCGCACCCAGCGCAUGUGGACGCAGGACGGCAUGAACUCCCUCACCUAUACGCUGCUGGCCAAGCAUCUGCACCCACUCUACACCAACCUCACGGUGGACAUCGGGACGGACCCACGUGCUGGCCAGGGCCGCAAGGGGGCUGUGCCCGGCCACGAGGGGCAGAGGUACAAGAGCAGCUCCAACCUCUUCAGGCAGGAGAUGCUGCGCAAGCUGCCCCGGGCCACGAUGGGAUGGGGGGCCCAGGGGCUGUAUCUGCCCAGUGUGCUUGGCCAGGUCUUGGCCCCACAACUAUCCCCAGGGCCCACGGCCACCCCCCACCAGCCUGUGAGCAGGGCAGUGGCUAACGGCACCCAGGGCAAUGCCAACAGGGCCAAGGCCAACUCCCCGCUAGCACUGGGAGCCAGCCAGCGCAGCCUAGAAGCUUUGGAGAAGGGCAAGUCUGACCUGGACCCAGCAUCAGCUGUGGUAGGGGUCAGUGCUAGCCUGGCCACAGCAGAAGAGGGGGCUGUUCCUGUGCAGGGGUUGAACCAGAGCUUGCCGCAGGGCUCCCGCUAGCCAAUGGCUCUUGCCGCCCCUGACAAAGACUUGCUUGCCGUGAAACAGCUCUUCCUGGUGUCAAGAAGGGACUCCUGUCACACCACUGCUGGGAGCUGCCCUCUGUGCCCAGGGAGGGGGGGACCGGCGCCAGGCGAGCCUUGCUGUCUUCUGGGGCAAGCUCGCACUGUUGCCUUGCUGUAGAGACUGCAGGGAGCAACUAGCCCAGGCAAACACCCUGGGGAAAGCUGCUGGCUGUGGGGCUGGUGCCUGAGACUGCGGGGGGACCCCUGGGAAAUUGGUGCAGGUGAAGCCGGACUGAGAGCUGUAGCUGAUGCCUGGGCCUGGUGAGGGCUGUACCCCAUGCCUUGCUGUGGGGCAACCUGCUCCCACUGCCCAGGGACGGCUGGGCACAUGCAGGUGAGCAGGGGCCCUGCGGGCUGGACUGGCCUUGCUCUUCCUGAAGACUGCGGCCGGGGUGUGCGUGCCUGAAGCCAGCUGCAGGCUCUGCUGCGGUGUGUGGUUAUUUAUUCUAUUUAUGAGCUGCUCCCUGGACCUUUAUAAGGGUUUUUCAAUAAAAAAAAACUUUGUCCUA